AUGCUGAUGACCAACAUGAAAAAGUUUAAGAAGUUCAAGAUGAUUAAAGAGCAAAAGCAAUUCACAGGAAAUUCUGUCUUUGAACUUUCUAAAUGGUGUGGAGAAUUAUUUCCAAAAGAUUUCAUUUUUAUUGUCCUUGAACCUCAAGCUAACAAAUUUUCGAAAUUUUCCAUUAGAAUAAUUUCGAAAACACAAAAAAAUUA